AGCUGCGCCUGUUGAUUAAAGUAUAAAUGCUGUUAUAGAUAAUGCUAACGGUGUGUGUAGGAUAUUGAUACAUGUUCACACUUCCAAAAGAAUGCUUUGAAAUGUGUAAUUUUUUAAAGUUUCUCAAGUGAUAUUGUUUCAAUUAGCAGUUUUAUAAAAUCAUAACAUUCAUCAUGGAUAUAUCUGGUUCUUUCUUGAAUUUGGGUACCCCACUGUCUGUUCCGUCCCAACCUGAUCCCGUAGAAGAACAGCACAUACAAGAACUUCAGAGACAAUUACAACCUUCCCCUCUUCAGCCGCAACAGCAUGAUACUAUACACCAAAGCCCUCAAAAUCAGCAUAUUCAGCAACAGAGAACUGGGGUUAGUGUUAUCCAACCUUAUACUAGCAGCAGUGGAUUAACACCACAGCCCCAGUCUCUUUUACAGCCUCAAACACCGUUAACAUUUGUGGCCUCGUUGCCCUGAUGGUCUGGUAGUUAGAGGAGCCUACUGCAGUACCGAAGAGUACAUGUUUGAAUCUUUAGAAGGCAUGGUUAUAACUGUUCGUCUCUUCAUA